GACCUUCUCUUGCGCCAUGUCAGAGUGGAUCACCAGCAAACUGCGGAGGCGGCAAAACAACUGCCAGAGGACGCCACACCUGCCCUCACUCAGCUGGUUCCCCUACUAUCGAUGAUCUCCUCCACACGCCCAUCCUCCACACCACCACCACCAACACUCGACGAUUCCGCCAGCGUCAGCAUCUCGUGGUAGGCCGUCACACCCGCCCCUUCUCUGCCCUUGUGGCCUUCUGCCGUGGUGAAGGGCGGCUGAGCGGCGAAGAAGUCCCUGGCCAUGCGGACCUUGUCGAAGCGCACGUUGUAGAACCUGUCAGUGGGGGCGAGGCGGUUGUCGGGGUGGCCCGUGACCUCCUGACGGCCGGAGGGGCCGUGCUGACGGAGCCACAGAGACAUGGGAGGUAGGCUGGUAUGCAGGCAGGCAUGCAGGCAGGGUACCUGGCUGAGUGAGGUGCCACUGAGGGCAUAGGCGGUGUGGUAGAAGUCUGGAGGCCUGCAGACAGACAGACAGACAGACAGACAGAAAGGGACAGGUGGGCGUGGGUGGCAUGGCGUAUGUGAGUGACUGCAUGCCCAUGCCCAGGCUGGGCAAGACUGUCUGUCGUGUCGAUCAGCUCAGCUUACUUGCCAGGUUUGUCUCUGAGGAGCCCCCGGGGGUCUUGACAGCACAGGAAGACAUAAAACUGGUCAACACAACCAUCAGUGAGUGACACACACACACACACAGACAACAGCCGCAUGUGUGUCUUGCUUGUGUCUGCAGGCAGGUGUCUGUACGCACCGACCGACCUGUAGGGCCAUAGGGCUUAUCCAAUAGUGCGACGGAGGCACAUACUCCCCACACUGACCAUUGACCGAACCAGUCAACCAACCAACACAUGGAUGAACGAACGAACGGGUGGAUGAGUGAGUGGUGAUGUGAUGUGCUGUGCUGGGGUGUGGUGUGGUGCAUAGGACAUACACACCUGCCUCAACGCCUCGUGGACCACGGGAAGGAUGCCACCCUGACAGAAGAUGGAUGCCGUGUCUGUGCGAGCAUGGCUAUGCAUUCAUUCGGUCCGCCUUUCUGUCUGUCUGUCUGCCUGACUGACUGACCAGCCAGAACGAGUAGCACGAGUCCACCAGCUUGUUGGUCCGGCCCUGGAAAUGCACAUCAGAUCCAGAAUCGCACCGGCGUCUGUGGCCUUUCUUUCCCCCGUGUGUGAGUGAAUUAAAUUUGUGACCUGGAAGCCCCCUUCGACGCUCAUCUGCCGGUGACACGCCCAAUCCUGCACACACACACACACACACACACACACACGGACAUGCAGAUGAGGAAAAUGUUGGCAAAGCAAACAGAUCCCAUCCCCGGUGGAUUGGAUUGGAUCGGGCCCCACGCACCAGUAGUCUGUGCAGGUUGAGGUGCUGAGCCUGUCCGAGAAUGGUGAGUGCGGCCAGGCCGCAGUAGGUGUAGCCACCGUGCGACUCGGAACCUGGCUCCGACGCUAUCCCGCCGUCCCAACGCUGGCAACUGCCACACACACACACACACACACGCGUCCACAGACCAGAUCCCCGUAUGUGUGUGUGUGUACAUGGAAUGGAUAGAUGGAUGGAUGUGGGGGCCCAUUGUGCUGCUUACGCUGCGAUGUGUUGGGGUAUGCCGUCGACGAGCUCGUCAGUUAGCAAGUGCAGCAUCGAGGCGGUCGCUAUGGCGCAGUACACACCCCUGAAUGAAUGAAGAUGCAAUGAAUAGCUAUCUGAUGUGUGUGUGUUGUGAGCAGAGCACAUCGGUAGGUAGGUACCUCAUGUCGCUCUCCCCUCCCUCGUGCAGGUCGAACCCCCCCCUCUGGACAUUCUUGACACGCAUCAGAAAGGAAUACAGACGACCCCUGACACACAUACAUACAUACACACACCCAUCCACUCUCUCUCUCUCUCCCCUGCCAUCCCCUGCCGUGAGAAUGCCCCGCCCCACCCACCCACCGUCCUGCACCUGUCCACACAUCUGUAAGCUUCCUCCCCGCCGAUGACCAUGAGUGCGGCCACACAGGCGUAUGUGGGCGCGAGGUGCGCCAGCUGACCUGGCCCGCCGCCAAAGCCCCCAUCAGGGUGCUGACACCGUGCCAGGAACGACACCACACUGCAUGACACACACAAACACAAACCCAAACACAAUGCCUGACGGACGAUGGACACACAGGCGCCCUCCUUGCUGACUGAUGUGAUGGUUACUUUACUGACUUCCGUUUGGUGGCGUCAUCGAGUUGAUAGUUGAGGAGCUCCAGUGAGUGUGUGAUCCAAAAGACGAACCAGCCCCGGGAGGCGUCGAGGCCGCUCAUGCACGCCGGCAGCCGCGUGAGCCCCUCCAUAAGGCACGGCAGCAGACGGUCGCGGUGCAGACGGAUGCUGACACACAUGCACCACACAGGCACACGCAGGCACACCGGCCAUGGGAAUCGCCUCUCUCUUGCAACAAACCCCGUGGCCUCACUCACAGAACUCACAAGGUGGUUCCUCCAACUUGGUUGUCGGUGUUGAUGAAGUUCCUGAAGAGGGCCACACAGAUGUCCUCGAUGGCUUUCUGCUCGUCAGACGUCCUCGUCGAGAUGCCGUCGUCCACUGGCGGAGCUGCACCACCACCAGCACCGCGGCCAGACGAAGAUCCACGGUGGGAACUCAUC